CAAUCAAGUCUCGUGCCCACGCUCUCCAGCCUUUCUUUUCUUUCUUCGCACACCGGCCGCGCCCAAUUCCCUCUCUCUGCCGUAUGCGAACAAGGACAUGGACUCCGCUGUCGACCGCGUUGCUGCCGAACCUUUACAUUCCGCUGGAUCCUCUGGUCUUCCUGUCAGCUCAGCUAGAGCUUCACGGCGCGCGCCGAGCCGAUUUCCCGGACUAACGUAACGCGCAAAUCGGGUGUGCAUUACGCGCACGAACGACUUCGGAAACUGAAAGACGGUUGAGGGAUUUGAGGGUUGCAGUAGCCGCUGGGAGAGAGCAGAAAAUGGCUGCGGAGAUCAGGGCUAACGGCAAGGUUUAUGAUGUUUAUAGGGAUGGCGUACCGGUUACGGAUCCGGAGGAGCUGGCGAGGGCAACGUCGGUUGUGCGCGCGCGUUCGGUGUCGAGGCCACGAACUGCAAUACCACCACCGCCAAUAGCUGGGCCGCCGUUCAAGAGAUUAAUUGUUUGUGCUGACGGGACGUGGCUCAACGCGGACAAUGGCCUCAUCAACGGUCAACUUGCGAUUCCGAGUAAUGUCACGAGGAUAUCGAGAGCAAUCAAAGAUGUGUCCGCGGACGGGAUACCGCAGAUUGUGUACUAUCAUUUUGGGGUCGGAUCAAGAGGGGGGGUGGUAGAGCGACUUCUACAAGGUACUACUGGAGAAGGCCUUGAUGAAAAUGUUCGUGAGGCAUACUCUUUCAUCGCCAACAACUACACAACUGGCGACGAGAUCUUCCUGAUAGGCUUCUCUCGGGGUGCCUUUACUGUCCGCUCGAUAGCAGGCUUCAUGGAUGUGAUAGGCAUUUUGACCAAGAAGGGUCUAUCAGGCCUAGCUGAGAUCCACCAAGACGUCAAAAAUAGGCGAGACCCCGACUAUCGCCCAAAAUAUCCAGAUGUCCCCUUUCCUAAGAAACCAAGUGCCGCCGAUCCAACGUAUGCGCGAGAGCUCGAGCGGCGAGGGCUGACAACCUUAGGGGUCCGCAUCAAAGCAAUUGCGGUAUGGGACACAGUAGGCAGUCUCGGGCUCCCCCGUGUCGGCUGGCUCACAAAAGUCGGACUCCAAAGCCAGCAAUCCAAGGAAACAUCCUUCCACGACACCAAGCUCGGGAACAACGUCGACAACGCCUUCCAGGCACUCGCCCUCGACGAACGCCGCAGUGCAUUCGCCCCGGCCAUCUGGGAAAAACCGGCUGGCAACAAGACCAAGCUGCGCCAAGUCUGGUUUCCUGGCGUCCACUCCAACAUUGGCGGCGGCGAAGACGACCAGCAACUCGCCAACAUCACGCUGGCGUGGAUGAUGUCGCAACUCGAGCCCUUCCUCGACAUGCGCAGCGCCUACGUCCUCGAGCAAGACGACGCAAACGACCGCUACUAUGCCUCCCGCGACGAAGACGUCCGCCCCUGGUCCUUUGGCAAGAUCCCAAACUCCAUGGCCGGCCUCUACGCCCUCGGCGGCGGCAAAACACGCACCCCAGGCUCCUACCACGCCGCCGACCCAACCACCAACCGGCCCACCGACCGCCUCCUCACCGACACAUGCGAAUACAUCCACCCGAGCGUGCGCGCCCGCCUCCACUUCCGCGGCCCCGGCGUCGCCGACAAAAGCACCUACACCUGCCCCGCCCUCGCAGACUGGUCCCUCCACAUCAACUACGACGACGCCGCCGGCCCAGACCCAGACAUCUUCUACCGCCUCCCGCGCCCGCUCGCCGAAAAGGGCCAGAACAGAGACUUGCCCGAGAGCCCGCUCUUCCGCCUCGAGCGCGACCUCGCCAGACGCGACCCCGAGUCCUUUGGCUACGUGCUCAAGCCUGCGCCCACGGGCGCCGCGAAGCCGAAGCGCAGCAGACGAGGCGGCGAGGGCCGCGCGUCCUCGAGACGGACGAGCGUCGGCCCGUCUGCGGCUGGUGCCGGCUCGAGGAGGGCUCGCAGUGUGGAUGGCGGGAGGCCUGAGGGGCGGCACCAUCCUCCUCCUCCUCCGAGAGCGGUCAGUCGGAGACGCGGCAGCAUGGACACGUGGGAGAUUGACGACGAGGAUAUUGUGUUUUCGGACCGUGAGAGGGAUCGUGAGAGGGAAAGGGAGCGGGAGCGGUUCAGGGAGCGAGAUCAUCGGGAUAGUAGGGGGGGCUUUCCGAGGCCGCCGCCUGAGUUUCGGAGGAGUGUGCCUGCUGUUUCGCCGCCGACUGCGCCUGUGCCGCCGCCGCCGCCGUCGGUGGGUGGGAGGAGUAGUAGGCGUAGGUUCAGCCAGGUGUGAGCGAGGACGGAUGGCUCAAGAGAGUGUUUUUGAUUUGUGGUGAUGUGAUUGAUGGUCGGGAUAACAUGGCAUUUGCAUCUGUGUCGCUUCGCACCACCACCAGCAGCGGCACCGCGGUUUUCUCGUUGGAUACCCAUUUACAAAGCCUU